UAAUGAGACUGAGACAAAAUUUCAUGAUAAAAAAGUAAUUGUAACAUUGAAGAAAUGCAUUAUUCUGUAUAAAACCUUAUGCAAGCAUUGCCUGGAAUGCUGAUAAAUUAUUUGAACUCCUAUACGCUCUAAAUUAUAAAAUCGUAGUAUAUCACAUUUCUCUGAAAUCACAGGAAGUCUGUGUGCCAAUUCUCAUCGAACUACAAGAAUAUUAGCGAUGCCUUUACCUUUAGUAUUAGUAAACAUGGACACAGUGAAAUUGGAGGAACAAUCGGAGUUGAUGGCAUGUCGGAUUUGUCUGGCUUGGGACGUGAAAUUGUAUCAUAUUCGCGAGGUGGGCUUAGACCAAACGUUUUCAGAACUUAUGGGAAUUUCGAUAUCGGCAGCAGAUGGGCUACCUCAACACUUAUGCAGCUGGUGUCGCACACUCCUGCUUAAAGCAGUGAGGCUGCGAGCUUGCUCAAAACGAUCAGACAGCUUGCUUCGACAGGCGCUCACACAUCAACAAAUAAUAACAAACGCAUACAUUCGCACUAUCGAUCGUUCUAUACACAAACUGACACGCACACUCUCGCAAAACUUAAAAACUACCAUCCAGUAUUACUUUGAACAAGACAAAACAUUGGAAAAUGUAAAUGUCCAUCCAGAUAUUGAUAUUAUCAAAGAUGAGAUAGAACGAAAUGAAAAUGAUUUGAACAAUAAACAUGAUAAGGUAGAAACAGAUAUAUUACAGAUUAAUAUAAUGGAAACUGAAAUUAAAGCGUUUGAUUUGAAUUGUGACGGGACAGGAGACAGUGAUGAUUCUGAUGAAGAUUCCAAAAUGAAUCUUCGAGAAUAUAAAUAUAAAAUGGGAAAUGUUGAGCCAAAACCAGCGUUAGUCGAAGUUAAAAUAGGAACUAGAUUUGAUAAACAAAUAAAAAAAGUUUCAAAAAAACUAAAGGAAGUUAAUGUAGAAACAUUUCAAAAUAAAAAGCGACAUUCAAAAGCCAAUAAAGUAAGAACGAAAAAUAAGGAAACAAAUGAAGUAAAAACAAAAGCCGUUAAAGAAAAACACUCGGAACCAGGAAGGUUUUUUACAAUAGAGGAUAUAGAAGAGUUUGUAAAAAAGCAUAAUUUUGAAAUACAGUAUUUGACUGAGGAAGAAAUGGCGGAGGAUAUGGAAAGGCGAAAAAUGUCGGAUCGGUAUAAGCAUUGCAAGUUUAAAUGUAACUUGUGUUAUAAAGGCUUUCUGACGUCCACUACCUUUGACAACCAUAUGAAGAAAGAUCAUGAUCCGCGUAACGCAAAGAACGAGUGCCGGUUAUGCCGCGUCAGCUACCGCUACGGGUUCUACCUCAAACAACACGUGCAGAACGCGCACCGGCUGCGGCUGCGCUGCGCCGAGUGCGGAGAGGGCGUGUGGGGCAGGAAAGAGUGCGUCGCGCACGCGGCGCGCCACGCCGGCACCACGCGGCAAUGCAAGUACUGCGGAAAGCACUUCCUUAAGAAAUCGUCGUACACAUGGCAUAUGCGAGCUGCGCAUCCCAUCGAGAACUCAGCGCGCGGCUCGUGCGAGCUCUGUGGGGAGAUCUACACAAGUGCCAAGGGACUCAAGGCGCAUAAACUACUUGCACAUAAUAAGCGCUCUGCGCCCGAGCUACAGUGCGGCCGCUGCCGCGCACAGUUCGACAAUAAGGAGGCUCUGACGAAACACAGACAACAACAAGUUGACGACAAGUGUGAUCCUGACUUAAGCCCAUGCGCGGCGUGCGGCGGGGGCUGCGCGGGCGCCGAGGCGCUGCUGCGACACAUGCAUGCGGCGCACAACGUCGCCAUCUUCACCUGUGACCUCUGCAACAAAUCCUUUCUAUCCAAGCCUUCGCUCUCCACCCACAUAGAUCGCGUCCACCUCGGCAUCAGGCCGUUACAACACCACCAGCUCACGCAGUACAAGAAGCACAGCAAGCGGCCCGUGCAGCAUAAGAGACGGGGGCACGACCACAUGUGCGAGCACUGCGGGAAGGCCUACACGACACAUCAGUUUCUGAAGAAUCACCAGAUGACGCAUACGGGUGAACGGCCCUUCAAGUGCGACCGCUGCCCUAAAGGGUUCACCACGGCUGUGCAGCUCACGUGGCACACGAGAACACACACGGGGGAGCGUCCGUUCCAGUGCGACCAGUGCCACCAGGCGUUCAGUCUAGAAGGCAACCUCAGGAGGCACCGCAAAGCGGUGCACCUAGGCCUCCGUAAGAACGUGCCGUGCCCGCGCUGCGAGAAAACCUUCUCCACUAACUCCACGAUGAAGCUGCACGUCAGAACAGUGCACGACGGAGCGCCCUGGCCGCGCCGAGACCGGAGGCCGAGGAAACAGCCGCCCCAGAUUACAGAGUAGUUUUAUAAAAAACACAUACACCUGCGAAGU